AUGACGAUAGAGGAAGAGGAUCUCGGUGAUCUCAGCUACACCAUACCAAGCUCCCCAGAUGACAUUUCUGCAAGACUCGAGAAUGACGUCCGAUAUUUACAAGUCCCCGAUAAAGUCCAUUACUCGCCAUUACAGAUCACCAUAUACCGGAUCACAUCUGCCAUCAGCUCUUUCAUCUUUCUAUCGAUCCUAAUGUCGCUAGCAAUUUUGAGGUCGUCGAUUAAAAAACUCACCCGGGGCCUGACAAAUAAAAAUUCCCCCAACAUGCGGUCACCUCAUAAACCAGUGGCUCCAUUAUCAAAAGCCGAGAAGAAAUUAGUGCCUCGACUAGAAUACUAUUUCGAGAUCCACGGACUAAAUCUCUUGGUAUAUAAGAUCACUACAGAUGAUGGGUUUAUUUUGACAUUACAACGAGUCAUUGAUCCUCACGAACCUGAAGAAAUCACUAAAAAAAGGAAACCGGUCCUUUUGUUACAUGGGCUCUUGCAAUCCUCGGGAGCCUAUGCCACUUCGGGUCCCGAUAAUUCGUUAUCAUUUUUUUUGCAUCGACAAGGAUACGAUGUGUGGCUAGGAAAUAACCGAUGUGGGUUUGAACCACAGCACGCGUAUCUUGAUGAAAGUGACCCCAACAUGUGGAAUUGGAAUAUUUAUAAUAUGGCAAGAUACGAUCUCCCGGUGAUGAUCGACCAAAUCAUUCUGCGAACCCACAAACAUAAUAAAGUGACCCUCAUUGCUCAUUCGCAAGGGACCACCCAGACGUUUUUGACAUUGUUGGCGAAGAACGCCAUUGCUUAUAAUCAUAACUUGAACGAUAAGUUACGAUGUUUUAUUGCCCUCUCCCCGGCGGUAUUUGGAGGGGAAUUGUUAAGAACCAAAAAUUUCAUCAAGUUCAUGAACAUGUUACCGAAAAGUAUGUUCAAUUACGUGUUUGGGAUCCAUUCAUUCAUGCCGAUUAUGAUGCAUAUGAGGACGGUAUUGGUACGAACCAGGGUAUUUGGGUUUUUAAGUUACUCGAUGUUCAAUUUUCUCUUUGAUUGGGACGAUUCUUUAUGGGAUAAACGGCUUCGUACAAGACAUUUUGUGUUUUCUCCCGUGUAUAUCAGUUCGAGGUUGAUGUUAUGGUGGUUGAACAACGAAGAUGGGUUUAUCAAAAAUUCCACCACGAUUUUCAAUUUCAAAGAGAAGUGGUUCGAUACCCAUACUCCCCCAAUAUAUUUGUUUGUUCCUGGGAAGGAUAAGUUAGUAGAUGGGGAGAUGUUGAUUGAUCAUUUCGAUCGGUACGAGACCGAUUUAACAGAGUUUAGAUAUAAGAGAAUUGAACAUUAUUCUCAUUUAGAUGUAUUAUGGGCCACCGAUGUGAUAGAAACUAUCGGCCAACCAAUCGUGGAGUUUUUAAAGGAGUUAGAUGAAAUAGAUAUGAAUUAG